AUGUCUUUCAGAAAUGAAUCUGUUUGUUUCUUACAUGUUAACCACAUAGAGAUAGAUAAAGUUCAUCAAAUAAAUGCAACAAACUGGAAGUUGGCUGAAUCUGGAUGUUCCCACUAUUCAAAAAAAUCUGAACUUGAUUAUGAACAUAAAGUUGGACUUGCAUUGAAAGAUGAUUUAAAAGAAUCAAUUGUUGGUAUCUUUGACCAUCUAUCACUUGAACACUGUGCUUCCAGAUGCAAUUCAGAUCCUAAUUGUUUUACUCUCGAGUUUUGUGAAACAAUUUACUAUAAUCAAGUUUCCGAUAGCAGUGCUUCAUUGACGAGUUGUGCAUUGACAAAGUUGAAACCAAGUAAAGACAAUCAAGCUCAACUAUUUGAAGUAACAAAAAGCAACAACAAAAUUUGUUCAAUUUACAUAAAUCACAAUAAGAUUUCAGGAAAAAGUAAAACUGGCCCACAGCCAUCUGCAUUAAUAAUGCCAUCUGAAUCACCAACUAAAUCAAACAAUUUGAAGUUAGCAAUUGGAUUGGGAACAAUAGUUAGCUUAAUGGCGUUUGCUGGCGGGUUCAUUGGAUAUAAAUUUUCACCUAAAAAAGAGUCAUUUUGUAAAUCAUUACCUUUUAGUCGAAAGGCAGUUACACAUAUUACAGGAUUGACUAAAUUGUAA